AGACCGGUGGGGACGGGGCGGGGCGCAGCUUUGCGGAGCUCUAGCGCAGCGCUGGGGUUGGGGGGGCGGCCGAAAGGGGGGAGGUGGUCGGGCCGCGCAGGCGGAGAUGGAAUGGGGCCCGGGCUCAGACUGGUCACGGGGGGAGGCUGCCGGCGUGGACCGUGGGAAGGCGGGGCUGGGGCUCGGCGGGAGGCCACCCCCGCAGCCGCCCCGGGAUGAGCGCGCCCAGCAGCUGCUGGACGCAGUGGAGCAGCGGCAGCGGCAGCUCCUGGACACCAUCGCCGCCUGCGAGGAGAUGCUGCGGCAGCUGGGCCGCCGGCGCCCGGAGCCGGCUGGUGGCGGGAACGUCUCAGCCAAACCUGGAGCGCCCUCCCAGCCAGCUGUCUCCACCAGAGGUGGCUUUCCAAAGGAUGCUGGCGAUGGAGCUACGGAGCCCUGACCAUCCCCGAGCCGGGUGCCCUGACAUCUCUCCCUCCCCGGGGCUGGUGGCUGGACUCUGAACAACUCCCUUUCAAUAAAGGGGCCAGUCUUCACUGGCAGUGGCUGGUACUUGGCUCUCAGCCUGGGGUGGCAGCUCUGCUAGCAGCUGGGUUCACUCCCAAUUCAUCCUGGCUGAAGGCAGUGCUGAGCUCUGAAAUGUAGCCAACAAAUACCCAGUCUGAUUACCCAGAUUUGGGCAGACCAGCAGUGCUCGCCAGAGUGGUCUGGCCUGCUUUGGGGGUUCCAGGUGGUGUUACAUGUCCAUUUCAUGCUUUGAGGGCACCUAGCCCCACAAAACACUUAUAGCAGAGCCUUGAUUAAAAGGAAACCUGCAGA